GCAGGUGAAGCGUCUCCCCGGAAACGGAGCUAAAGCACCCCACCUGCCGGGCUCUGCCUGCUCAAAUUGGAUCCACCACAUCCAGACUUCUCCCAGGACCUAGCAGUGACAGCUGAGGCCACGUGAGUCGAUCCUGAAUGAGGCUUUAUCUCUGGCUGAUCCACCCAUCAUCCACUGUGGCACCAGCUCCCUCCGGCAGCCAGGAUGGGACAGGCGCCUGAGACAACCAGAGCCAGAGAGGUGACGGUAACCUUAGGCUGGACUGAGACAAGGAGACUCUGGGCUUGUAGCUGCCAAGCUGGUGAUGAGGACACCAGGCCAUGAUCUACACCCUCUGAGCCCUGACACCAACUUUCUGUCCUGACCCUCCCGGAGCAAGCCAUGUCCCAACAAGCCCAAGCCCGGGUGGGCCAGGGACUGCCCCCGGAUGUGCUGGCAGAGCAGGUGGAGCUAUGGUGGUCCCAGCAGCCCCGGCGCUCCUUGCUGUGUUUCUCCGUGGCUGUGGGCCUCGUGGCUGGCUGUGGGGCAGGUGGUGUGGCCCUGCUGUCUUCCACCAGCAGCCGCUCUGGUGAGUGGCGCCUAGCAGUGGGCACUGUGCUCUGCCUGCUGGCUCUGCUAGUUCUAGUGAAGCAGCUGAUGAGCUCGGCGGUGCAGGACAUGAACUGCAUACGCCAGGCCCACCACGUGGCCCUGCUGCGCAGUGGUGGAGGGGCCGAUGGUCUCGUGGUAUUGCUCAGUGGCUUUGUGCUGCUGGUCACUGGCCUGACCCUGGCCGGGCUGGCUGCAGCCCCUGCCCCAGCUCGGCCACUGGUUGCCAUGCUGUCUGUGGGCAUUGCCCUGGCUGUCUUGGGCUCAGUCUUGCUUCUGGGCUUGCUGCUGUAUCAGGUGGGUGUGAGUGGACACUGCCCCUCCAUCUGUGCAGCUGACCCCUCUACCCAAAAUAGCCACAGUGGCAACAACAGCAUUUUUAGCAUCUCAGGACAGUUGUCCUCUGGUCAGCAUCAUGAGACCACCUCCAGCAUCGCCAGUCUCAUCUGACAGAGCCAGAACUCUCCUUCCCAUGACCUGCCUCAGUGUCCCUAGAACUGUACCAGAACAUGCAUAUGUGUGUGCAUAUGUGUGUGUCCCAGGGCUGUUCAGCCCUUCUGUGGGAUUGCAUGAUGUGUGAUUAGGAGCCCAUGUGUAUCCACACAUCCACAUUAUGGGAAGGUGAGUGUGUAUCUCCUUGGAACUGGAUAUUUGUGUCUAUGGACUGUCAUUCUGUUUGUCUGGCUCUGGAAUCUCCAGGCAGGGAGAUCACUGGGAUCUCUGAAGACUCUUAACCCAUAUUUCUAGUCUUGCUCUAUAAUACCAUCAAGGGUCUCCACAGGAAUGCCUGUUGCCUACCCAAGACUACAGUAACUCAGGGAGAGUGAUUUGUGGCAAAGCAGAGGGAACAUGGGUUCAGAGAUGAGAUGAACCUGGACUGGAAUCUCCCUUGAAUUCUUAACCUAGCAGCUGGGGCCUCAGUUUCUUAGGACCAUGUUGCCACUAAUUAUAAGGAUUAAAUGCCAUCGUAAAUGAAAAGAUUGAACUCCUGACAAAUGUGCAAUAAAAUGUU